UAUUAGAUGGCUUAAAAAUUUAAAGAGAGGUUACUGUAAGGUAUGCCAUUCCUUAUCACAUUUUUAGGUACUGGAGUGUCAAACAAGAAAUUCGAAUCCGAUUAUGCAAUGAAACUGAUGCAGAAGAUGGGAUGGAAUCAAGGCCAAGGACUCGGCAAGAAUAAAGAUGGUCAAACAGAUUGCGUAUAAAUUGAGAGAAGAGCUGAUUAGUUGGCAGUAUCCUAUCCAUUCUAAACUUAUAGCUUGGAGCCUAACAGUGCAGUCUUGGAUAAAGUUGGAAUGACUUGUGGUGGGAAUAGAGUUAUUCAAGCAGUCUCAAGAAUCUUAAACCCAUAUCCACUAAAAAUGUACUCCCUAUUCCAAUCAAUAUUAGCUUCCAUAACCAAUCUCCUCAGAUGAAGAAGACAAAUUCUCAGAUUACGAAAAACAUAAAAUAAGUCGUUCCCAAAAACCAAAAACAUAUGCAUAAUCCGCUAAAGUUCUAAUUGAAUAAGAUAGUGAUUCAGAAAAUGAUACCUUCAUUGCAAUUCAAAAGAAAAAAAUAAAAAAGACAAAAUGAUCAUAAAUAGGUCAACAUUCAAAAAUCUAUAACUUAUUAACAAUUUAACUAUUCCAACUCCUC